AAGGGAAAGGGAGGGGUCAAUGGGGGUCAGGAAGGGCGAAGGUAGGGGUCACAGAUCAGGGUUGAGGGUGUUUAGGAGUUUGAGGGUCAACAAUCAGGGAGGUCAUUUGAAGGAGGCCAGGUUAGGGGUCAACGGUCUGGUUGGGGAGGUCACUGGGAGCCGGGGCCAGGCCAUGUGGAGUCGGUUCCCUGCUCUCUCAGUUAAGAAUCCCCCUCUCCCCCUUUGGGCACCCUGGGGUCUAUGCCCCUGACCUCCGGGGCUGGUGUGGGUCUGUGCUCCCCACCCACCCUAUGGGCCCCCCAGCUAGUGAUCGCGGCCAGCCAGAUGCAGUGGACAGCCGAUGUCACCAAAUGCCUGCUCACUUGCAAGGAGCGCGGGGACAGGAAGUUCCUCAAGGUCAUGAAAAAGAAACAGGUGUCCCUGCUGCACCGCUACUCAGAGGCACUGCGUGGGAGCCUGCCCAAGCUGCUGCGUCUCAAGGUGGUGGCACUGGUGACGGUGGAGGUGCAUGCACGAGACGUCAUUGACCGGCUCCACCGCUGCCCUGUGCCUGAGCCCAGCGCCUUCGACUGGCUCAGCCAGCUGCGCCUCUACUGGGACAAGGACAUGGACGACUGCGUGAUCCGCCAGACCAAUGCUCACUUCCCCUACGGCUAUGAGUACCUGGGCACUGCCCCCCGCCUCGUCAUCACCCCGCUCACCGACAGGUGCUAUAUCACGCUGACCACGGCACUGCACCUGCACCGUGGCGGCUCCCCCAAGGGCCCAGCUGGAACAGGGAAGACAGAAACGGUGAAGGACCUGGGCAAGGCGCUGGGCAUGUACGUCAUUGUGGUCAACUGCUCCGAGGGCCUCGACUACAAGUCGAUGGGCCGCAUGUACUCAGGCCUGGCCCAGACAGGUGCCUGGGGGUGUUUCGAUGAGUUCAACCGCAUCAACGUGGAAGUGCUGUCGGUGGUGGCCCAGCAGAUCCUGUCCAUCCUCUCGGCCCUGGCAGCCAGCUUGGCCACCUUCGCCUUCGAGGGCCACCGCAUCCGCCUGGUUCCCUCCUGCGGCAUCUUCAUCACCAUGAACCCAGGCUACGCUGGGCGGACGGAGCUGCCCGACAACCUCAAAUCCAUGUUUCGGCCCAUCGCCAUGGUGGUGCCCGACUCGACCCUCAUCGCCGAGAUCAUCCUCUUUGCUGAAGGCUUCAGCAACUGCAAGGUGCUGGCCAAGAAGGUCUACACACUGUACUCACUGGCCCAGCAGCAGCUCUCCCGGCAGGACCACUACGACUUUGGGCUGCGGGCACUCACAUCCCUACUGCGCUAUGCUGGGCGCAAGCGCCGCGCCCAUGCUGACCUCACCGAUGAGGAGAUCCUGCUCCUGGCCAUGAAGGACAUGAACGUGGCCAAGCUGACCUCUGGCGACCUGCCCCUCUUCGCCGGCAUUGUCCAGGACCUCUUCCCAGGCAUUGAGUCUCCCAUCAUCGACUAUGGCAAGCUGAAGGAGGCCAUUGAGGGGAAGCUGAAGGAGGUGGGGCUCCAGGUAACACCCCUCACCAUCACCAAGGUGAUCCAGCUCCAUGAGACCAAGAACUCGCGCCACUCCACCGUCAUCGUGGGCAGCACUGGUAGUGGCAAGACAGUGACCUGGCGCAUCCUGCAGGCUGCCCUGUCGGCCCUGCACCGGGGCGGGGACCCCACCUACAACCUUGUCAGGGAGUUCCCCCUUAACCCCAAGGCGCUGUCGCUGGGGGAGCUGUAUGGGGAGUAUGACCUCAGCACCAGUGAGUGGACAGAUGGCAUCCUGUCCAGUGUCAUGCGCUCAGCAUGUGCAGACGAGAGGCCAGAUGAGAAGUGGGUGGUGUUCGAUGGACCUGUGGAUACUCUGUGGAUUGAGAGCAUGAACUCGGUCAUGGACGACAACAAGGUGCUGACGCUCACCAAUGGGGAGCGCAUCGCCCUGCCUGAGCAGGUCUCACUGCUCUUCGAGGUGGAGAACCUGGCAGUGGCCUCUCCAGCUACAGUGUCCCGCUGCGGCGUGGUCUACAUGGACUACAGUGACCUGGGCUGGAGGCCCUAUGUCCACUCCUGGAUUGAGCAGCGCCCUAAGAGUGAGGCUGAGACCCUGCAGCGCAUGUUUGACAAGUUCCUGGACAAGAUGUUAGCCUUCAAGAGAGACAACUGCCGCGAGCUGGUCCCUGUGCCUGAGUACAGCAGUGUUGUGGCCCUCUGCCACCUCUUUUCGGCCCUGGCCACGCCUGACAAUGGGGUACUUUAUUCUGUUGUUUUGCUAGUCGUCUUUAUAUUUCAUGAAGAAGUAAUUGUUCAAAGUAGCACAACAUUUUUGUUUCGAUAG